CAGUUGCAUUUUGCGAGCUCACAGCACCACUUGCCGACACUCGAGCUGCCAAUUGAUGACGGGGUCGCGCGAGAUUUCUCAGAAACCGCCCGCCGCGAAAGCCAGUCCCGCCGUCCGCGCGUGGAGACGGCAUACAGUACCUUGCACAGGGACGGGUCUCUCGUGAUUGUCAUCAUGCUGGGACUGUUAUAUAUGCCGCCGAGCCCCUCCCGAAGUGCCCUGUGUUGUUGGCUGACAUAUUCUAUUGAUCUUCUUGCUCACCAUCUAGCACAAUGACAGUCACCAAGCUUCCUUUCCACGCUGACCACAUUGGGUCUCUGAUCCGACCUGAGUCUGUCUCACAGGCACAAGAGAAGGCAGAUGCGGGGCAAAUUACGCAAGAGGAGCUGAGAAAGGUUCAGCAAAAAGAGAUCAGCGAUAUUGUGAAGAAGCAGCAGGAUAACAAUGUGAGGGCGCUGUGCUCUGGGGAGUUUGACAGGAAGUACUACUUCUCUGGCUUCUUCGAGAAGCUCGAUGGCUUCCAAGAGGUCAGCCCUGUGCCGUGGGAGCUCGCUCGUCUCUCAGCUGCUCCCAUUGCUGCGCUGAAGAAGGCCGGCAAGCAAUACCCAAUGGCAGCGGUUUGUACGGGCAAGAUCAAGUACUCCAAGAGCCCAUACCUCGAGAACUGGCUGCUGUUGAGAGACACUCUUCCACAAGAGCAAUGGAAGGAGGCCAAGUUCACGAUGCCGCCGCCUUGCUAUUUCCAUCUUCGAUUGGCUCCUGGGAAAUGCUACGACCCUAGCGUGUACUCAAACGACACGGAUUUCUUCGAGGAUCUGGCAGCCGCGUACAGACAAGAGUUCAAGACACUCUAUGAUGCUGGACUGAGGAACAUCCAGAUCGACGACCCGACGCUUGCAUAUUUCUGCUCCGAGGACAUGUUGAAAGGACUGCGAGACGACGGCGAAGACACCGAUAAGCUGUUCGACCUGUAUUUGAAGGCACACAAUGACUGCAUCGCGGACAGGCCCGAUGACCUUCACGUCGGCCUGCACAUCUGCAGAGGUAACUUCUCGAAGUCUAUGCACUUCAGCGAGGGGUCGUACGAGAAGAUCGCCGAGCGUUUCUUCAAGACACUCAAUUACGACACCUUCUACCUGGAAUAUGACAACCCUCGAUCAGGUGGCUUCGAGCCCCUCCGGUUCUUGCCGAAGCACAAGAAUGUUGUCCUAGGUGUGGUCACAACCAAAGACCCGCAGCUGGAGGAUCGAGGGUUGAUCAAGAAGCGUGUGUUGGAGGCAGCUGAUAUCAUUGCCAAAGGUCAAGGUCGACCCGUGCAAGAAGCCUUGGAGAACAUUGGCAUCAGCCCGCAGUGUGGGUUCGCCAGCGUGGCGGUUGGAGCUGAGGGCAUGGACGAGCAGAAGAUGUUUGCGAAGCUGAAGCUGGUGCAGGAUGUGGCGAGAGAGAUUUGGCCAGAUCGACCAUAAUGGCCACGCUAACGCAGCGUGGCAGCGUCGUGCAGCGAUGCUCCAAUAAUGAUUGUGCAGCAGGAGGGAGAGGGGCUUGCCUCCGCGCGAUUCAACUCGAUCCGUCGUGCUAGGCGUCGAAAAAGUGGCUCUGAACAGAAGGAUUUUGAGGCAAUGUAAUCCGACUUCUCAAACAGAUAUUUUGACAACCGGCGAUAUUGCCAGUGACAACCAAUUUCCAAGCCUCAUAGACCAGUGCACAUGUUAUUGGGACAGCUGCAGGUCGUUGAACGCGCACAUGUUGUCAUGUUGUCAUAUAAUCGGGGCGUCUGCGCAGCGCAGCUAUGGCGAAUUGCAUGUGAAAUGUUUCCAGUACACAGAAUAGCUGUAACUCGUUCACGUGGCAGCGAGAAGUGGUCGAGCUUGCCUUGUCGCUGAAGCUUGUGCAUUGGCCAAUUGCGGGGUGGAUCUGGCACGGGAGCGAGAACGACGACCGCCAGGCCAGGCACAGGAC